UUUAAAGAUGGCAGAUCUUUAUCAAUUCGUCCUUGAAAACAGAUGCCUAGAAAGUUUACUAAUGUUAAAAAGAAGUUAUAUCAAAAUAGAGAGUCUGGUUCCUCAAUUAUGACGUUUAAAAAGCAUCUGCAAGAUACUCUAAUGUCAUCAUUAGAACUCCAGAUAAACAAGCUUCAAUUUUUGAAUGCAUUUUCAAAGGAAAAUGAGGAAUAUUUGAAUUCUAUAAGAAUUUCACAUAAACCUUUACGUAAUGAAAAUAAUAAAAUAUUUACGUCAAAAAAAAACAAUAAAACUGAAAACAUAAACAAUCAUGAUCCAGAUAUAACUGGGUUCAAUAAUAUUUGCUCUAGAUAUUUCAAUAUUAUUCAGAAUAAGGAAUCAAAAUGUAGAUAUAAUUGUUUAGAAAAAUGCUCUAGUAGAAAAAAAGAUGAUACAAACACAUUUUCCUUAAUUUCUAACUAUAGGAAAAAACUAUUAAGUAAAAAGCCUAUUUCUGAAGCUUCAAAAUAUUUUCUUACAAAAUACGUAAAAGGCAAGAAAUGUAUAAGUAAUUAUACUUCAAAACCUAUUCAAAUUGGAUCAUUUGAUUUUACUCAAUUACCUAUGCAAUUCGAACAAUUCAUUUAUCUUUUUGUUCAUUUUAGGCUUUCAGAUCCUCUCUUACCUCUUUAUCAACAAGUUCUUUUAAGUAAUUUUAUGUAUAAUUAUAUAUCUCUAAUAAGGAUCAAAUCAUAUUAA